GAGCACUGGUGGGUGGCACUGGUGGGCACAGGUGGGUGGCACUGGUGGGCACAGGUGGGUGGCAAUGGUGUGUGGCACAGGUGGGUGCACUGCUGGGCACAGGUGGGCGCACUGCUAGGCACAGGUGGCUGCACUGCUGGGCACAGGUGUGUGGCACUGCUGGGUACAGGUGGGCAGAACUGGUGGGUGGCACUGCUGGGCACCGAUCAUCAGGGCACUGAUCAUCAGUGCCCUGAUGAUCGGUGCCAAUCCCUGCUCUGACAACUGCCGGUUCUCGGCAGUACUCUCCUCACACUCUGACAGCGUGAGGAAAGUGCAGCCGAGAACCGGCAAUUGCAU